AUGCCAUCCGAGCCGACGUCGUAUUUGAUAUUUCCCUCGUUCGGGUACGCGACCUGCUCGUCGAACCUGUCGAACCACUCGUUCAUUUUCUCCAUCGAGUCGAUCCCCGCAAGCACGUACUCCUGCAUCUCCGUAGCGUUGAUGCUCCCGUCCUCGUUUUUCUCGCCGUCCUCGGUGAGAAGCACCAACUUGAAAUCGAAUCCUAAAGACAUAAAAAACUUUUUUGCACGCGUAAUGUCUCAAGAAAUAACGCCAGCACUCAACAGUCUGGAGGAGGUGAUCACGUCGCCGGCGCGGCCGCACCAGAAAGACCGCGACGCAGCGAUCCACGCGGAGCUGGAGAAGCUACAAAAGAUCAACGGCGCCAUAGAGCAGAGCCGCAUCUCCAUCCAGGAGUCUACAAACUACAUCAAGCGCAUCAAAGAGAGCACAGUCAAGGCGAACGAGCUCAUUCACAUCUGGAGCAAAAUUCUGUCGCAAAACAAGCACACCGCGGAGUUGCUGGCCGACCCGCAGAACGUGUGGCAGGGAGCCAGCCACGAGGACGAGAAAGUGCAGGAAAAGAUGGCCGAGUACGAGGAGCUGGCCGCGCGGUACGAGCAGCUCGUGGAGGAGAAGAAGAGCGACGAAAAGCGCAGAGCGAGGAGAAAGUAG